AUGGGUAAGGACGAGAAGACUCACCUUAACGUCGUCGUCAUCGGACACGUCGACUCUGGCAAGUCGACCACCGAAGCCGCUGAACUCGGCAAGGGUUCCUUCAAGUAUGCCUGGGUUCUUGACAAGCUCAAGGCCGAGCGUGAGCGUGGUAUCACCAUCGAUAUCGCCCUCUGGAAGUUCGAGACCCCCAGGUACCAGGUCACCGUCAUUGACGCCCCCGGCCAUCGUGACUUCAUCAAGAACAUGAUUACUGGUACCUCCCAGGCUGAUUGCGCCAUUCUCAUCAUUGCCUCCGGUACUGGUGAGUUCGAGGCUGGUAUCUCCAAGGAUGGCCAGACCCGUGAGCACGCUCUUCUCGCCUUCACCCUCGGUGUCAAGAACCUCAUUGUUGCCAUCAACAAGAUGGACACCAACAACUGGUCCGAGGACCGAUACAAGGAGAUUAUCAAGGAGACCUCCAACUUCAUCAAGAAGGUCGGCUACAACCCCAAGGCCGUUCCUUUCGUCCCCAUCUCCGGUUUCCACGGAGACAACAUGCUUACCCCCUCCACCAACUGCCCCUGGUACAAGGGUUGGGUCCGUGAGGUCAAGGGUAACACCCUUACCGGCAAGACCCUUCUCGAGGCCAUCGACUCCAUUGACCCCCCCAAGCGUCCCACUGAGAAGCCCCUCCGUCUUCCCCUUCAGGAUGUCUACAAGAUCGGUGGUAUUGGCACUGUGCCCGUCGGCCGUAUCGAGACCGGUAUCCUCAAGCCCGGUAUGGUCGUCACCUUCGCUCCCUCCAACGUCACCACUGAAGUCAAGUCCGUCGAGAUGCACCACGAGCAGCUUACCGAGGGUGUCCCCGGUGACAACGUUGGUUUCAACGUGAAGAACGUCUCCGUCAAGGAUAUCCGCCGUGGCAACGUCUGCGGUGACUCCAAGAACGACCCCCCCGCUGGUGCCGCCUCUUUCCAGGCCCAGGUCAUUGUCCUCAACCACCCCGGCCAGAUCGGUGCUGGUUACGCUCCCGUUCUUGACUGCCACACUGCCCACAUUGCUUGCAAGUUCGCCGAGCUCCUUGAGAAGAUCGACCGCCGUACCGGUAAGUCGGUCGAGAACAACCCCAAGUUCGUCAAGUCUGGUGAUGCCGCCAUCGUCAAGAUGGUUCCCUCCAAGCCCAUGUGUGUUGAGUCCUUCACCGAGUACCCCCCUCUCGGUCGUUUCGCCGUCCGUGACAUGCGUCAGACCGUCGCCGUCGGUGUCAUCAAGUCCGUUGAGAAGUCCGUCGGUGGUACCGCCAAGGUCACCAAGUCCGCUGCCAAGGCUGGCAAGAAAUAA